AUGGAAUCUAAAUACUUCGACUCCAAUGGGGAACUCUCCCUAAAGCAAAAAUCAAAAUCCAUUUCAGCAGAGCCAACAGUCUCUACUAGUGAAAAUGAUUGCUUUGAUUGCAAUAUUUGCUUGGAAUCAGCACAUGACCCUGUGGUUACACUCUGUGGUCACCUUUACUGCUGGCCAUGCAUAUACAAGUGGCUUGAUGUCCAAAACUCCUCUGUUGAACCAGACCAGCAGCAGACAUGCCCGGUUUGUAAAUCUGAGAUCUCUCACACAUCAGUAGUCCCCCUCUAUGGCCGUGGAGCAUCCAAUUCAGAAUCAAAAGCCAAGAAACUCCAGAUGAGUCUAGGAAUACCUCACAGGCCACCUCCUUACAGCUUGAAUGCCAUGUUAACUUCUGCUCGUACACCGGCACAUUCAGGCCAGCAACUGCGUCCAAGUCAUUUCCAGUCACAGUCAAGACCAUUUCCUUAUCAGCAGUACUUCCCUGACCUCUAUGGAAGUUAUGGCACCACUGGAUGGCCUUAUCUUGGAGGUGCUGGAGGUGCUGCUAUGACUAGUUUCUUCAAUCCUAUGAUUGGUAUGUUUGGGGAGAUGGUCUUGACAAGAAUUUUUGGGGUAUCAGAUGCAAACUUGUUUUCUUACCCUCAUAAUGGAAAUGGCACUCCUAGAAUGAGAAGGCAAGAAAUGCGGAUUGACAAGUCUUUGAACAGACUUUCCAUCUUUCUCCUAUGUUGUAUAGUUUUGUGUCUUCUCUUAUUUUGA